CGGCGCUGAUGGGCGGCGCGGCCGGAGCAGAGCUGCGCGGAGCAGAGCGGCGCUGUCCUCGGCCUUGCUCGGCGCUGUGACCAGCGCGGUCCCCGGCGCGGCCCCCGGCGGCGGCGGGCAUGGGCGGCGUGUGGGCCCCGGGCCGGCCGCUGGCCGCGCUGCUGCUGUCGCUGUCCGUGCUCAGCGCCUCGCUGCUGACCCCGGGCGCGCCCCCGGAGCCCGACGCCGACGCCGCGCAGCCCCGAGAUGUAGACAAAAAAAGUCAUGUGGAGCUGAAGAUGGACCAGGCUUUACUGCUCAUCCAGAAUGAACUUCCCAAGACCAAUCUGACCGUCUACUGGACCUCGGAGCGCUGUCACCGCUGCUUGCCUCAGGUUCUGGCCAGUGUCUACCGGAGUGGGAAGCCUGGGAAGCUGAGCACCGCAGCCGUGGCCGUGAGCACUCAGCACAAAUCCUUCCUGCAGCUUAAUGACACUCUGGGACGGAAAGAGCUUUGCAGGUUGGAAUACAAAUUCGGAGAAUUUGGAAAUUAUUCUCUCUUGGUCACACAUGACCAUAAUGAUGCCAGCGAAAUUGUGUGUGAUCUUCUGGUCAAUAAGAAUCCAAUUGACAGUGAUCUUCCUGUGAGUAUUGCCUUUCUUAUAGGCCUAAUGGUCAUCAUUGUGAUAUGCUUAAUAAAGUUCUUACUCAGCUUGGAUGACUUUAAUAACUGGAUUUCUAAAGCAAUGCAUUCUCGGGAAACUGAUCGGCUCAUCAAUUCUGACCUGGGAGCUCCGAGCAGGGCAGGCCCCCUCAGUGGCCCCGACACUCAGCCUGAAACAGCAUCUCCGUCUGCAGUCCCGCGCUACCGCUGUGUGGACACGUUUAGGGGGAUAGCUCUUGUCCUCAUGAUCUUUGUUAAUUAUGGAGGAGGAAAAUACUGGUAUUUCAAGCAUUCGAGCUGGAACGGACUGACUGUGGCUGACCUUGUGUUUCCUUGGUUUGUCUUUAUUAUGGGAACUUCGAUUUUUCUGUCCAUGAAUUCUGUACUGCGGCGGGGAUAUUCAAAACUCAAACUGUUUGGGAAAAUUGUGUGGAGGAGUUUCCUGUUAAUCUAUAUAGGAAUUGUCAUCGUGAACCCUAAUUACUGCCUUGGUCCAUUGUCCUGGGAGAAGAUCCGAAUCCCCGGUGUGCUUCAGCGGCUGGGGGUGACCUACUUUGUGGUCUCUGUGCUGGAGCUCAUCUUUGCCAGGCCUGCGCCUGACAGUAACUGUGAUUUGGACGAGAGAACCAUAAUGGCUCGAUACUUCAUGUCAGACUGGCCCCAGUGGAUGAUUGUCCUGAUGCUGGAAAACAUGUGGCUGGGUGUGACCUUACUGCUCCCAGUUCCUGGAUGCCCCGCUGGUUAUCUUGGCCCAGGGGGCAUCGGCGACUGGGGUAAGUACCCCAACUGCACUGGAGGAGCUGCCGGCUACAUUGACCGCCUGGUCCUGGGCGAUGACCACCUCUACCAGCACCCUUCUCCGGCUGCGCUUUAUCACACUGAGGUGCCCUAUGACCCAGAAGGAAUACUUGGGACCGUCAACUCAAUUAUGAUGGCAUAUUUGGGAGUUCAGGCAGGAAAAAUACUCCUGUAUUUCAAGGAUAAGACCCAAGAAAUCCUCACCAGAUUCAGUGCCUGGUGGUUUGCUCUAGGGCUUAUUUCUGCUAUUUUGACAAAAUUUUCUGAAAAUGAUGGAUUUAUGCCAAUUAACAAAAAUCUCUGGUCCAUUUCCUACGUGACCACCCUGAGCACAUUUGCCUUCUUCAUCAUGUUCAUCCUGUACCCCAUUGUGGACGUGAAGGGACUGUGGACCGGAGCCCCGUUCGUUUACCCAGGAAUGAAUUCUAUUCUGGUGUAUGUUGGCCAUGAGGUGUUUGCAAACUACUUUCCCUUCCAGUGGAAGCUGGAGGACAGCCAGUCGCACAGGGAGCACCUGACCCAGAACAUCGUGGCCACCGCGGUCUGGGUGCUCAUUGCCUACGCCCUGUACAAGAAGAAGAUCUUCCUGAAGAUCUGAGGCAGCUGCUGGGAGCGCUGCUGGGAGAUUGUGGUCUGGGGGAGCUGAGCAGCCUCCACGAGCCUUUCUGUGACCUUGACAGGAUGUGCGUUGCCACGUGAUUGGGAGGAUCCAUGGUGACGUGGUUCUCAGACUCUGCCUGUGUACCUGGGACCGAUGUAUUUGGGCAGUAAUUGUCUUUUUAUUCCAUCUCUUGUGUAAAUGGAAUCAUUGGAAUUUUAUUCCAUUAACUUUUCUAAAGGGAAUAUCUGAUGGAUAAAACUAAGAUCUAAUUCCUUUUGAUCUUAUUUUCCUGCACACUGCUUUUCUACGUGUUUACAUGCCCAGCAAGAAAACCAUUUUCAUGGUAACUGACUAUAAAGAUUAUUGAAUGUAGUAAUAUGUUAUUAUAUUUUUGGUUACUUGCAGCUGUUUCAAGAACAUUUGAGCAGAUCUGGAAAGCAUUGAUGGGGCCAAAAAAAUGCCUUUAUAACAGAAGUCAUUUUCUCCUUUUUAUCACUUGUGAAAAAAGUUUACGAUACUGUGUUUUUGUACCACUCUUACUUUAGUUAUCUACUACUGUUAUUACACUACAGCAGCUGUUACUUUGUCAUUUGUCUGUUCCCCAUCAGUCUUGUCUUUCUCUGUGUUGAGUUGGAGCAGAGGAAGCCCACUGGAGGGCUGCUGGCUCCUGCCACAUCAGAUGCUUGGCAAGCCUGGACCUUUCUGGGAAACGAGGGCCACAGGGGUCUGUGCCAGCUUGUAGAUGCAGCGAGGUGGGGUACAUCAAUGGCUUUUCUGAAACCACGAGAAAACUCACUGUACUAAACUCUUUCAAAAGAAAUGAUAAUGGAAAGUUGGAAAACUUCUUGGAGUAAGUCUGUUUAAAAAAGACCUUCCCCGUGGAGGCACCUGCUCAUGUCUCAGAACUGAAAGAGGUUUCUUGGAAGGAAGAUAGAAGGCAGAAAGAGCAGCAGCACUUUUCACGUGCUGCAUCUGUAAAUUUCCUGUGAGAAUCCCCCGUUUUAGGAAACCCUGACACUCCCACCCUCGCCUGAGUGACUCCCUGGCUUCAGCUGCCGAUACUGCAUGGCUGCCCUUCCGGUCUCUCGGCCCUGGCCCCGUGUGUGCAGCCUCCAGCUCCCCUCUCCUGUCCACUUCCCGUCGUCCUCAGGCCUUCCUGGCCCUUGGAGAGGACCAUUCUGUUGUAGGCGUGGAACCAUCGUGUCUUCACUCUUCUUACCUCCCCUAAGUGCCACUGUGAGUCACUGCCACAUCAAAAUCCUGUUCCCUUCUCCCCGGUACUUCUGCAAUCUCUGUCACCACCUGCUAGUCUAGUUCAGCUUCUCUUCCUUCUAAAUUGGUCUCCUUUCCCUUAAUCUCUUCUUGUGGAAAGUCACCAUUUCCACCAGGCUAAACUGUAUAAAGUAGAACUUGGAUCAGAUCACCUUUCAAAACAACAACCCCCCUGAAGUUAGCUGACAUAAGCGCCCCACUGAGCCCUGCCUGCCUCUGGCUCCCGCCACCCCCACCCCACUGCUUAGUUCCGCAGUUUACCAGAUUCCAGCAAGGCUUACACUGCCCAGUUCACUACCAGCAGGUGACCAGUGGGCUUCCUGGGUUACUUCAAUAUUCUCCUACGUUGACCUGUCAUUGUCAACCCUCCAUUUCCAAGGGACCUUUUUGAAUCUCUUAUGCACACCCUAGAAUGCAAUUUCUUCCUCUGGGUUUUACAGUUGUACCAACCCUGUGGCAUUGCUCACUCUCUCUGCCUUGUACGAUAGUCACUGUGUACGUGCCUAGAUUUCCACACUAGACUGUGAACUAUGCCUUGUUUAUAUGCAUAUUCUUUCUGGCGUGAACAUCGUGCCUCCUACAUAGGCACUAAAUAAAGAAUAAAGCAAAAAGA